UCCUCUCCUGCUUCUUCUUCUUCUUCUCCUUCUUCUUCCUGUAAGCUCCGCCACCGCAAUCUCAGUUGCACAUGCCUGCAGAAGAGGCCGAGAGCUCGGAAGAAGUCCUCGCAGGGACAGUCUUCUUCUGCUGAGUUCCAGCCGAACGGCGAAGAAGACUUUGAAUCCGAGACUGCUCCGGUGCCCGUUCUGAAUUCCGAAAGCGUAUCUGAUGAUGAUGAUGAUGAUGUUCAUGUUAUCAGCUCAAACGAUUCGAUUUCGAGUGCUCUCACUACAUCUGAUCAAGCAGCUCCAUCGGAUUUGGUUGGAAUGAUAAGGAAUGCCGAGAAAAAUAUUCUUUUACUAAAUCGAGCUCGAGUUAGUGCUCUUCAAGACCUUGACAAGAUUUUAUCCGAAAAGGAGGAGUUACAAGGAGAGAUGAAUGCUUUGGAGAUGAGGCUGGCCGAGACUGAUGCGCGGAUCAGAGUGGCUGCUCAAGAGAAAGUCAAGAUGGAGCUCUUGGGAGACCACUUGAACCAGGUGCGGAAUGAACAGAAUUUCAAUGGUGGCAGUGCGGAGAGAAGCAACGGGGUUGAGAUUUUUGAGAGUGAAAGCCAGUUAUUUAAUGAAGAAGCUCCAUUGCCGUACAAAAGCAGCAUCAACGCGCUUGUAGCCAAUCUUACUUCAUUGAGAUUAGAAAAUGUGUCGCUCAGGAAUGACAUACAGGAACUCCGGGAGGCGCUUAGUAAUGUGAAAAAUACGGAUGAGCGUGUGGUCAUGCUCGAAAAACAACGCUCGUCUUUGGAGUCAUCCCUAAAAGAGCUGGAGUCGAAAUUGUCAGUUUCUCAGGAAGAUGUUUCCAAACUUUCCAAUCUCAAAGUUGAAUGCAAAGGUUUAUGGGAAAAGGUGGAAAAUUUGCAAGUAAUGCUAGAUAAGUCGACCAAGCAGGCAGAUCAAGCUAUUAUAGUGUUACAGCAGAAUCAGGAGAUUCAAAAAAAGGUUGACAAAUUAGAAGAAUCUCUUGAAAAAGCUAAUGUGUAUAAGGAGUCGUCAGAAAAGAUGCAACAGUAUAAUGAGCUUAUGCAACAGAAGAUUAAACUAAUGGAGGAUCGCCUUCAACGUUCGGAUGAAGAGAUACAUUCUUAUGUUCGGUUAUAUCAAGAAUCUGUGGAGGAAUUUCAAGAUACCUUAAAUACUCUAAAAGAAGAGAGCAAGAGAAGGGUGAUGGAUGAACCUGUUGAUGAUAUGCCUUGGGAAUAUUGGAGCCGUUUAUUGCUUAUAAUUGAUGGUUGGUUGUUAGAAAAGAAAAUAUCGGUUGAUGAUGCAAAGGCAUUGAGAGAAAUGGUAUGGAAGCGAGAUCGACGGAUUCAUGACACAUACAUGGCAUGCAAGGAAAAGAAUGUAAAUGAGGCUGUGACUACAUUUCUCAGACUAAUAUCAUCCCAAACAAGUUCAGGAUUGCAUGUCAUUCAUAUCGCAGCAGAGAUGGCGCCAGUUGCUAAGGUUGGUGGUUUGGGUGAUGUUGUAGCUGGUCUUAGUAAAGCGUUGCAGAAGAAGGGACACCUUGUGGAAAUUAUUCUUCCCAAAUAUGAUUGCAUGGAGUAUGAUCGUGUUCGUGACCUAAGGGCCCUAGAUGCGGCAGUAGAGUCGUACUUCGAUGGUCGACUAUUCAAGAAUAAAAUAUGGGUUGGCACUGUUGAAGGUCUUCCCAUAUAUUUUAUUGAGCCUCUUCAUCCCGAUAAGCUCUUCUGGAGAGGACAAUUUUAUGGAGAACGUGAUGAUUUCAGACGUUUUUCUUAUUUUAGUCGUGCAGCCCUUGAGUUGCUUCUUCAAGCUGGCAAGAAACCUGACAUAAUUCAUUGUCAUGAUUGGCAGACAGCUUUCGUGGCUCCACUUUAUUGGGACUUAUAUGCCCCAAAGGGAUUAAACUCAGCUAGGAUAUGUUUCACCUGCCACAACUUUGAAUACCAAGGAACGUCACCUGCUUCGGACUUGGCGUCUUGUGGUCUUGACGUCACCCAGCUAAACAGACCAGAUAGAAUGCAAGACAACUCAGCACAUGAUAGGAUCAAUCCUGUUAAGGGUGCAGUUGUAUUUUCUAAUAUCGUGACAACGGUAUCACCAACCUAUGCGCAAGAGGUGCGGACUGCCGAGGGUGGACGUGGUCUCCAUUCAACACUUAACUUUCAUUCUAAAAAGUUCAUUGGAAUUCUCAAUGGAAUUGAUGCUGAUGCAUGGAAUCCUGCCACUGACGCAUAUCUCAAAGUACAGUACAGUGCUAAUGAUCUUGAGGGGAAAGCAGAAAAUAAGGAAGCUAUUAGAAAGAGUCUAGGGCUUUCUUCUGCCGAUGUUAGGAGACCAUUGGUGGGAUGCAUAACGAGAUUGGUGCCACAGAAAGGUGUACAUCUCAUUAGACAUGCGAUUUAUAGAACAUUGGAGCUAGGUGGGCAGUUUAUUCUACUGGGUUCAAGCCCAGUACAUCAUAUUCAGAAGGAAUUUGAGGCAAUUGCAAACCAUUUUGAGAAUCAUGAUCAUAUUCGGUUGAUAUUGAAGUAUGAUGAAACUCUUUCCCAUUCCAUUUAUGCUGCUUCUGAUAUGUUCAUCGUCCCAUCAAUCUUUGAGCCCUGUGGACUUACACAGAUGAUAGCAAUGAGAUACGGUUCUAUACCCAUUGCAAGAAAAACUGGUGGUCUAAAUGAUAGUGUCUUUGAUGUUGAUGAUGACACAGUACCUGUUCAGUUUCGAAAUGGAUAUUCAUUCUUAUCUCCUGAUGAACAGGGACUAAACGGUGCUUUGGAACGUGCAUUUAAGCACUACCUAAGUAAGCCUGAGAGUUGGCGGCAGCUUGUUCAGAAGGAUAUGAACAUAGAUUUCAGUUGGGAUACUUCUGCUUCACAGUACGAAGAACUCUACUCCAAGUCUGUGGCCAGAGCAAGGGCGACAGUUCGCCCGUAAUCUCUAGAUACUGCUAAACCAGAUGUCUCCAUGCUUCAUCCCCUGGAACAUAUUCUGCUUGGGACACUGAUAAGUUGGAGCUUGAACUGUUUUUGUAUUGAAGUAAUCUUAGUAUCAAGCACACCAACAGCUUGAGAUAUUCUUACAAGUUUGACGCUCGAAGCAGGUGGUUUUAAGAUGAUCUGCGCCGUCAUCCAAAUGCUCAUUCAUUUACAUUUUGAUCACCAUUUAUUUAUUCAGGCAACCUCUUACUUUGUUGUAUACUACUUACUAGGUUCUUCUUUUGUUUAUAAAGACUUGUGCAUACCUUACACGGGCUGAUGUGCCUUCUCUUUUCGGCUUUCACAUCCAUACAAAACAGAUGAGACAUGUACAUAAAUAAAGAGUCAAAA